CCACCCGAUCUGAAUAAACCCUCGAGCCCUCCUCCCCUGCGAAACUUUGAAAACUACAAAUAGGAGUAUUUCGCGACCUGAUCUUCGUCGUCUCGUCAUAUAUUUUUCUGUUCUUUUUAAAAUCCUCCCUUAUAGAUUUUAAUGGCUGAAUCUGCAUUCGCUGUAACUACGUGUUGCCUGCGUUUCGUUGUUUCGUUUCAGUUUGCUUCUUUCGAUCGGUUUUCAAAGUCAUCGCAUUCUUUAAUUCCUAGUCAACGUUGUUCCUGUUUUUGACACUCCUGUAAUCAAGCAUCCGCCGCCGCUAACAUGGGGAAGCGUAGUUCUCAGAAAAAAAAUGCAGUGAUGUUAGAUAGCGACGACGAUGAUAGUAGCAUAAGUUCGUCCUCGUCUAUUAGGUCAGAUCGAAUAUCGAUUUUUGGAGCUGAAGAGGUGCAGCCCGUUAAAGACAAUUUGCUGGACCAAGCACUUGAUGCUCUUUAUGAGAGGAGGGGUUCGACAAGAGAGAAGGCUUUGACUGCAAUUAUUGAGGCUUUCAAUAGCAACAUGCAACAUGAGUUUGUCGAGAAAAAAUUUGCUACUUUGCUGAAUCAGUGUCUAAGUUGCAUUAAACGGGGGUCUAGCAAGGAGAUAUCAUUGGCAUGCAGAGUUAUUGGAUUGUUGGCUUUGACAGUAGGUUGUGGUGACAAUGCGCGUGAAAUCUUGGAAGAGUCGGUCACCCCUCUUUCACAGGCACUUAAAUCUGGGUUUGAGUCCUUAAAAAUAGUAUCGGUAAUUGAGUGUUUGGCCAUUGUUACCUUUGUUGGUGGAAACGAUCCUGAAGAAACGGAAAGGUCGAUGGAGAUCAUGUGGCAUGUAGUCCAUCCGAAACUUGGUUCUAAUGUUGUUGCUGUUAAGCCUUCGCCACCUCUGAUAACAGCGGUGGUCUCUUCUUGGGCAUUUCUUCUGACAACCAUGGACGGAUGGACUCUUAGUCCCAAACACUGGCAAGAGGCAAUUUCCUACCUUUCUAGCCUUCUUGACAAGGACGAUCGAUCUAUACGCAUUGCUGCUGGGGAAGCUUUGGCUUUAAUUUUCGAAAUAGGAAGCUUGGAGAAAUUUUCUUCUGAAAGUAAGAGUUUGAAGGACGGUGCAGCGCAAGGAGAGAAAUAUAACCAUAUACAUGGCUUGAAGGGAAAAUUUCUAAAUCAAGCCCGAAAUCUUUCCGCAGAGGCAGGUGGAAAAGGUUCUGCUAAGAAAGAUCUUAACAGCCAGCGGAACUUGUUCAAGGAUAUUCUGGAAUUUCUCGAGGAUGGUUAUUGCCCUGAAACCUCAAUGAAGAUUGGUGGAGAUUCACUGGAGACAUCGACAUGGUCAAACCUUAUACAGUUGAACUUUUUGAAGCGUUUUCUUGGUGGAGGGUUUAUUAAGCACAUGCAGGAUAAUGAAUUUCUUCACGAUGUUUUUGGGUUCACACCAAAGAGAAAGCAACUUGCUAGUGGUGAACUUCGUAUGUCCGGUGGUGAAAAGAGGCUGUACAAGUCACCCAAUUCAGUUCUCAACAAGGCGAGGACCCAGUUCUUGAACAAGCAACGGAUGGUAUCAAAGGACAAGAACAUUGGCCAUUAUGCUGUCAACCAGGGGAAUGAAGAAGCAUGAAGUAGAGACUAAAGAUAACUUGUUGAUACCAUUUGUAUUUUUACAUUAUUAUUCUUACCACCAUGGCAAAGUAUUGAGCUUCUGAGGCCUUUGAUAUUCUGUUUUAUAUGAUUUUUGUGUUGUACUUUUAUUUGAGCUUCAGGUGGCUUAACUUAAAUAAAUGAAAUCCUUAAUUUAUUUAUCUUUCUG